CGUUCCAGUUCAGUCCUGGCAGUGACUCCUCCUCUGCAAGUCCGGGGCUUGGCGAGUGAUAGGCUUCUAUCGAGUGGAGUAAAGCGGAUCUCUUUUUAAGUUGUUGCUGUUCAUGUAGAUGUGUUAGCUCUCAGUUUUCGUCAUGUUUACCUUUUCAGAACUUAUGGUCCUUUUGGCAGCGUUGUGUGCCACUGCGUCUGGCUAUUUUGUCAGCGUGGAUGCCCAUGCUGAAGAGUGCUUUUAUGAGCGAGUCAACUCGGGCACCAAGAUGGGCCUCAUGUUUGAGGUUGCAGAGGGUGGCUUCUUGGACAUUGAUGUGGAGAUCACAGGUCCAGAUGGGAAACAAAUCUAUAAGGGAGACAGAGAGUCCAGUGGGAAGUAUUCAGUGGCAGCACAUAUGGAUGGCACUUACAAGUUCUGCUUCAGCAACAAGAUGUCUACUAUGACUCCGAAAAUUGUCAUGUUUACCAUUGACAUCGGAGAGGCACCUAAGGGUGACGGCAUGGAGACAGAGGUUGGUGGUGGCACCUGGGAUGCCCAUCAAAACAAACUGGAGGAGAUGAUCAAUGAGCUGGCCGUUGCCAUGACUGCAGUCAAACAUGAGCAGGAGUACAUGGAGGUCCGUGAGAGGAUACACAGAGCGAUUAACGACAACACAAACAGUCGAGUAGUGCUCUGGUCUUUCUUUGAGGCCUUGGUGCUGGUGGCCAUGACCCUGGGACAGAUUUACUACCUGAAGAGGUUUUUUGAAGUGCGGAGAGUGGUUUAAAGUUGUGAUUUGUACUGUUUUGUAUUCCAAUGUCAUUUUAUUUUGGACUUGUUUGGAGAAUAAACAAGUAAACUGUUGAAAAUGGGAAGAUCACCACCUCCUAGUCUAUGCCUCUGAGGCUAGAAAUUGCCACACCUGUCAAGUCUGAGGGCACUCUACUUUUCCUUUGAUGGUCCAGUGUUUAAUAUGUACUAUUUUGUAUUUGCUUAAAGGUGCAUUAAUUUAAGAUUUUCCAAUGCAAUACAAUGAUAUAAGUUUAAAACUUUGUGUCAGUUUAGGAGGUUUAUUCACAGUUCACUGACUUAUUGUCUGACUAGCAUUUUGAACAAUAUUGACAUGUUCUCGGCUCUUUCCAUUUUGAUAAAACAUGGGAAAGGUCUGCUGAAAGAGUCCUGUAGGACACUCAGUUAGUGACUUUACAAGGUUCCUCAAAGUAAUUUAAAAAACAUAGGAAAAUCUAAAUUAGUGUACCAUUAUUACAGUUUACAUUCUGAAGACUACAUUAUCAUUACUUAGGAUGGAUUUACCAGGUCCCACCAAAUAACUGAGUACUUUCAGAAACUAUAUUCCUUUGCUGGGUUCUAGCACAGAUAGGCAAAUGAGAUACAUUCCUUGGUUCCUGCAAUGAGUACCCUGCAUAAGCUCUCUUGCUAUGCAAUUCACAUGUUACAUGUGCACAAAGGUAACAAGUGGCUUACAAACAGAACUGGCAGUUGAUAAGUCACCAGUUAGUUUCAUUGUAAAAUGGUGGUGGUGGUGGUAGUUUCGGCUUUUAUAUUGUUUUGUAUGUCUUCUCGAUGGCUUCUGUACCAAGCAUCUACAGAUCUGGCUUUGGCGUAUUGGGUCUGUCAAAUACAGAGCUGUGCAGUACCAACA